AUGGCUCAUAUAAUGAAUUUGUCAUUGCUUGUUAUCGGGACCCUUCUGCAUGCGAUAUCGACUCGAGGUGUAGAUGUUGGUGCAAGUGCAAGCGACAAUAGCGAAUGCAGCGACUGCACCGAUUGCUGUAAUAAUAAUGGGUGUGUAUCUGGUGAUAUGCAUGUAGAGGAGCAAAGCAGAGGAAUCAUUCGCGUAUCACAGCUAUCCAAUGGAGACUUCAUCCGAGGAAUUUCCGGAGCUGAUCGUAAGCCUGGUUGGUGCAGAGUUGAAGCCGUAUAUCCCUCUUCAUACGAUAAAGUAACCACGUAUGAAGGUUUCACAGCAAACCACAUGGUCGUUGAUGAUGACUCGGUACACCAAUUCGGAGAGAAGGGAAACGCGACCGAAAACAUACCAUUUAAGCUGGCCACAGAAUGCGAUGCAGCCCUGAAUACCGCUGGCCAAGUGUUUACACCCAUUAGCACCGCAUUCUGUCCUCAUGAUCUGGCUUGGAGCGAGUACCUGACUUUGAUGGCCGCUAUUCGACGCGUCACAGAUCGCACUGGGUUUUUCUGGUAUUUCAGUGAUGCCUUCCAUGACAACAAGACAGCCCACAUUCCGCAAUGGAUGGACAUGCUGCAUGAAAUGUGCCUGGAGCUCCUGAGCUGCGCCCGCGAUGGAAAAUGCCAGCAGUUUGAGAAUGUGAUGGUGGAGUUCGUCCGAGAACACGUGAAUAAGAAGUACGUAUACAUUGUUGACGUGGUGUUUCCCAACAUGGGUGGUGAUGUGAGCAAAGAGGAAGCAGGAACUAUCUCAGAGACUGUUCGACCUAAGGAAACGAGAAGCAUUUUGCUGAUUUCUGCUGUCGGCAGCGCCAUAGUUGGGUUCUUGCUCGUCCUCCUUGUUGCAGCCAUAUUGUACCGCAAAAAAUACAGCCGAGGAAACAAGAAAAUGCAGGAUCUGCAAGCCAAGCACCCCCAAGUCAACGCUGAUGAUGAAAAGGCUUAG